AUGCCAUCACCAACGCUCAGACUGCGCCCGGGCGGCCCAGAAGAUGUCGAGGACAUGUGCGAGACGCUCCUCGACGCCUUCUCGGGCAACAUGGUCGGCCGCACAUUCUUCCCCCGCACGUCAGCGUCCGCGCGCAGGUUCUGGUUGGACGCACUCGCGGACGAGAUCCGUGACCCCAACGCGCGGUUCGUCGUCGUCGAGGACGCAGUCACAUCACCUCCGACCCUGGUUGCAUUCGCGAAGUGGAACGCGCCCGCACCCCCUGCGACACUGCAGCCUCCACUUCCCGACAGCUGGCCGGAAGACCGUGAUCCUGCGCUCGCGGACGUCUUCUUUCAGACGCUGGCAGAUAAGCACCAUGAGAUCAUGGCAGACAGGCCACAUUGGUACUUGGAGAUGAUUGUGACGAAGGGGAGGUACCAGGGGCAAGGAGCAGGUGGAAUGCUGUUGGGCUGGGGUGUCGACAAGGCGGAUGAUGAGGGCGUCGAGUGUUACUUGGAUGCUACGCCCCAAGGGAAACACCUGUAUGAGAGAUUUGGCUUCAAGGAUGAAGAAACAUGGUCUUUCUUCGACGAGACCUAUCGGCACUCUUUCAUGAUUAGAGUGGCAACGAGGAACCCCUUGAAGGGCGGGACCACAAGAUUCUGA